AUGCCUCGCGGUCAUAAAAGUAAGCUCCGCGCCCAUGAGAAACGCCGCCAGGCCCGAGGUGACACCCAGGGUCUCAUGGGUGCUCAUGCCACUGCAGCAGAAGGGGAAGGGUCUCCUUCCUCCCCUUCUGCUCAGAGCUCACCUACUGCUGAGUCACACAGCACUCAGCAGGGGCUUCAUAAAGCCCUAUUCACCACCACAACUUCUGCAGGUGUCUCAUGCAAAAAAUCAGAUGAAGGUGCCAGCAAGAAAGAUGAAGAAAUUCCAAGCACCUCUCAGGCUUCCUCCACCACUGAGCGUUCACGCAGGACGCCUCUCGACCAGAAGGCAGUUUUGUUGGUUCAGUUCUUGCUGCACAAGUAUAACAUGAAAGAAACAACAACAAAGGAAGACAUGGUGAAGUUUGUCAUCAAAAAGCACAAGGAUUACUUCAAUGAGAUCCUCAGGAGAGCAUCUGAGCUCAUGGCGCUGGCCUUUGGUAUUGAUGUGAAGGAAGUCGACACUGACAGGCACUGCUAUGCCCUUGUCAGUAAAUUGCAACGCACCGCUGAUGGUGAGGAGAUGAUGCCCAAGACCGGCCUUCUGAUGACUGUCCUGUGUGUGAUAUUCAUGAAAGGCAACUGCGCCACUGAAGAAGAUAUCUGGGAAGUGCUUAAUGUGAUGGGGAUAUAUGCAGGACAGAAGCACUUCAUCUAUGGCGAGCCCAGGAAGCUCAUCACCAAAGAUUUGGUGCAGGAAAAGUACCUGGAGUACCGGCAGGUGCCCAACAGUGAUCCUCCACGCUAUGAAUUCCUGUGGGGUCCCAGAGCCUACAAUGAAACCAGCAAGAUGGAAGUCCUGGAGUUUUUGGCCAAGGUCCAUGAUACUGUGCCCAGUGCCUUCCCAUCCUGGUAUGAAGAAGCUUUGAGAGAUGAAGAAGAGAGAGCUCGAGCCAGAUUUGCAGCUCUGGCUCGUACUAAUGCUAUAGCCAGUGUGCGUCCCAGUAUUUCCAACAGCUACUUCCACCUCUAG